UGAACCAGUUGUGCUUAGGCCUUUAGUUGAAAACGUUGAAAAUUGUUCCAGGUCUUUUUAUGUUUUUAAUCUGAUUCUUAUUUUGUUUUACAAAAAUAAACAAACUGACAAUUUUUGUAAAGUUCUUUAUUCAUCUUUAUGUUAAAGAUGGAUGAAAUUUUAACCUCACUUAAAAUUUUAAUUAUUGGAGAAACAGACACUGGAAAAUCCAGCAUUUUAAUCAGAUUCGUCGAUGAUGAAUUUAACGAUCAAAUGCCAAAUACAAUCGGAGUAGAUUAUAAAUCGAAAGAGAUUGACGUAGAUGGAAAUUUAGUGAAACUUGCUCUAUGGGAUACAGCUGGACAGGAACGUUUCAGAACAUUGAGUCCAAGUUAUUAUCGAGAUGCUCAAGGAGCAAUUUUAGUCUAUGAUGUCACGGACAGGAAGACUUUCAAUAAAUUAGAAAAUUGGUUGAAAGAAUUAGAAACUUAUUGUCGAACAAAUAAUAUUGUUAAAAUGGUUGUUGGCAAUAAAAUAGAUUUGCCUAAUAGGCAAGUUUCGAAGGAAGAGGGAAUACAAUUUGCUAGACGGCACAAAACACUUUACAUUGAAAGCAGUGCAAAAACUGCCGAUGGAAUUAAGUGUUGCUUCGAAGAACUCGUCAGAAAGAUUAUUCAAACUCCUGGUCUAUGGGAAGCUUACGGAAAAGGUUUAUACGGCGGUGAAAAUGGAGUAGCGAGAAAUCGACUGGGAAAAAAGGGAAUUCAAUUAGUCGACGCUCCAGAGCCUAUAGAUCCAAAUAGCAGUUGCUAUUGUUAAUUCUUCAAGCGCACGGCGAUUUUUGUAUUAAAUUUAAUUUCAAGACAUUCAAUUAUGUUUUUAAAUUCAAAAACGAAAUUUUAUAAAUGUUUUUCUUUGCACUUGUUUCACAAAGACAAGGAUGAAAUUUCUCUAGUUUUACUCUGUAUAUAAUAAUAAAUUAGUGCUAUCAGUUUCUAUUUAAAUAAGCCAUUAAAAACACUUAUGUUUCCUAGUUUUUUACCACUAGUAACAUAUAUUCUAUAAUAUUGAAUAUAAUGUAUUC